AUCGCGGCUCCCCUGACAGGACAGAAAGAUGGCCAAGAGCAAUGCCAGGAGCUCGUCGUCAAGCGACAGGAGGCCGAACCCCACAAGAAAACACCCCCCCUCAACCUCUUCCAAGGCUCCCCCUGUUGAGGCUCUCACAACUGAGGGGAUGAAACUGGGGGUUGACGUCGAGAAGGAGGCGUGGAGAUACCUCUGCCGAUGGUACAAGAGCGGUCUGGACAAGACAGUCAAGGAAAUCAUCAGAGCCCAGAGCUCAGGCAGCAGCCAUCAGCUGGUCCAGCGAUAUAUACGCUUCCUGCUGGCGAGAGGCGGUGGGGCUUCAUUCACCCCUCCCAGGGACGUGUGGCUGGUGUGGCAGAGCCACAUGUUGCGGCCUGGCAAGUACGCCUAUCAUUGCUUGAAGCUGACGGGCAAGGUGAUCUCACACGCGUUCGAACACGAUUUGCCUGGGGGAGGGGAGGGGGACGAUGACGACGCCAACCGGAAGCUCGACAAUGCCGGCAAGCAGACAAAAGGACGUAGCGACGCUUUUGCUGCGACUUCAAGUUUCUCUGUCAUUUUGCGCCUGCAGAGUGCCGCAGUAUCGCGGAAGGACUGCAGAAAGUCAUCACAGAUGAGGUGGGACGUACGGAUCAGUACACAGCUCACCAAUGUUCUCUCUCUCUACUCUGCAGCUCAUGGGCAUUCUGGCCACCGAAGCCCUCGCCAAGGACUGGGCCUUCUUUGACGACCUUCUCACGAACUUCGAUAAGUGUGGCAUCACCAACAUAAGAGGACACGUGACCAGCGAUGUGGCGAAGGACUGCCCGGACAUCGGUUGGCUGAUGGAGGGGCUGCAUGAGCUGUAUCUCAAGUAUCUGCAGCUGACCCACAAGUGAGCACAGGAGGGCAGGCAGGGCCACUUUCAGGAAUGGAUUCACUUUCGCCGGCCUGUUUGUGCCACAGGUAUGGUUCGGACGUGACGCCAACGCUAGAAAUUGACUGGCUGUGGCACACACACUUGCUGCACCCGACAAGCUACGCCGAUGAUUGCCAGAAAAUGUUCAAAACAAACAUAGGUGUGCGAGACACGGCCAUUCCUGUCAUGUGUGCACUAUGCUAUUGGGAUGUCUGUCUGCAGGUCAUCGCCCCUUCACUGCUGACGACGCCGGUUCCAUCCCCGCCAAGCACGCCCUCUCGACCUCUCUCUGGACCAAGCACUGCGGCAACUCUCCCGCCGAGCUCAUCACCCAGCUCAUCCGCAAGCACAACAAACGAGAGACCGCAGUGCCAAAGAGAGACGAGGUGGCCCAGCUGGACGCCAUGGGCUUCCAUGACCGAGGCACAAGCCUCCAGGCCCUCGAAGCUACUGAUUUUGACGUCAAUGGUGCCGCAAAUCUGCUGAUCGAGUGGCAGAAGGAAGGCCGUACGCCGCCGACAAGACGAGGCAAGGCAAAGGGGGCAUUGAGGGGAACAUCGACUGGGAGUGGACACAAGGGAGCCGGUGGGAGUGUCAAGGCGCCUCCGAUUGGUGAGGUGGGUGUCACUCGAAGCGAAUACGAGAGACGUCGCGACUACGUGGACUGGGUCGCUGCGCAUUCAUCGCCCGUACUCGAAAUGACGGUGAGACAUUGGCCAAGGCCCCCUGUGCACCUGGCACACCCGCUUCUUUCUGCCCGUUGUUCAGACGUUCCUCAAGUGUCAGAAGUCUGCGGCCAGAAUGCUGAAUGAGGGCAGUGGCGAGCCUGUCCAGGGUCUAAUGUCGUUGCCUGUGGAUGUCAUGGUGCGCAUUUGGGACUACGUAGCCGAGCCGUCAGCGACCUGCGAAGCUCUCGGGUGCAAAGUUACGACAAGACAGCGGACGAGGUGAGAUGGGUCAGAGCUGCCCGAGAUCUAAUGUCCGCCUCGUCUACAGAGGGCCUGAUGGUUUGAUAACCAAGACCCCCCGGUGCGGCUGCAGUCGCUGCAAACGACCGUGCGGUCUCUGCGGGGUCGGUUGUAUGGGAAGGAGUGUACACACAGUGAAAUGUUCCCUUGUGUCCCAUUCAGUAUCGUACUCUCCGUCGAGACGAAUGGCAAGUUGGCGGCACUAUUGCCUACUGCGGCUGUGAGUGUCCUGAAUGCCGCCAGCUGCUGGUGCGAGAGGAGAUACCAGGGGGGUUGGCGCUCGCUUGCGGCUGUGAGGGCAGCGUGUGUCAGUGCGGCAGGAAGGUCGACAGACAGAGACGGGAGAUGCCUGGCCCUGACCAUCGCGGCAAACUCAUGUGGUGAGUGGUCUCCAGGAGACAGACAGAAGAAAUGAGGGGGCUUCUGUAUGAUAAUCUUUUGCGCGUGUUCUCAGGUGGUGCGGCACAUGUGGUUGUGCCAAGUGCGGGAAGCUGCCUUCUACAUGCAAGUGCGACGAGGACCGCUGCUGUCGCUGUUGCAGCUGCUUUCUACCAAAGGCAGUGGUCACUAAGCUCCAGAAGAUGCACACGCAACCAAACACCUCCUCGUUCAUCUGCAGGUCCGCACUCAGGACGGCCUCCGAAUUCCUUUCUCGUCAUUGAAGGAGGGAGAAUUCAUCGCCACAGGGCAGAGUCCAUCGUCGCCUCCCAUCAGCGGCUCGUUCGGCUGUCAAGCGGCCUACCGUCGUGUCACCAAGGUGUGGAAAUGCCCGGUGCCUGGAGGACGCGUGGACAGCUACUGGAGGGGGCCGAGUGGUGGAGGUGUGACCACCGGGCACCCCGUAUGGGACCAAGAGCAAUGGCGUCGACCUGAAGAGGUGCAUGAGACCAAAGCCACACAUGUGUGUGUGUGUGCGCAUGGUUGUCCAUGUCUCUGUCUCUCUUUGACUGCAUGCAGUUGGUGGCCGACGGUCUUUGGCGGGUGGAGACACAGCCAGUGGAUUUCGUCUACACGAUCGAGUUGGAGGGCCAUGAAGACACCGUUGAAGUGGGCGGGGUGGUGUGUGCUGCCCUGGGAGCCUACUGCGGGCCUUCAUUCGGCUGGAACAUCUUCACGCGCAAGACGCAGCGCUGCGACAAAAGCGACUGUCUCCUGUGUGACCAAGUCGUGCUGCUGAAACAAGCGAGUGUGGACUUCGCCCACAUCGGUGAGGAUGCCCUUGCCGUGAGAUACCCCCCGGUUGUCAUGAAGGUCGGCAGGCGGCAGUGUUCGUGGAUGGCAAAGUGACAGAGGUUUCUCGUGGGAUGGCAAGGAGAGAGAGUUUUGGCGAUGCGAUGGGGGUCAGGGUCGGGCGCAGUGAAG